ACAGACUUCAUCUUUUGUACCACCUCUCUCUCUCUCUCUCUCUCUCUCUGACAUGGCAUUCUCCAAAGAAGAAACCCUUAUCUACGGCAUCAAACUCUCGUCCGUCGGGCCGGGACGGGUCACCGGACAAGACGUGGUUCACGAGCCCACCCACAUGGACUUAGCCAUGAAGCUACACUACCUAAGAGCCGUUUACUACUUCAAGAGCGAAGCAGUGGAAGGGUUAACCACCACGAGACUCAAGGAACCAAUGUUCACGUGGCUCAACCAAUUCCCCGCGGCCUGUGGCCGGUUCCGCCAGCGGUCGGACGUCGAGUCCGGUAGGCCCUACAUCAAGUGUAAUGACUGUGGGGUGAGGUUCAUCGAAGCGCAGUGUGUGAAAACACUUGAUGAGUGGAUGGAGAUGAUGGAGGAGGGAGAAUAUGGUGGUAGCUCCCUUCACAAGCUGCUUGUUUCAAACCAAGUUAUUGGUCCUGAGUUGCUUUUCUCGCCUCUUGUUCUUUUGCAGUUCACUAGGUUCACAUGUGGUGGAAUGUCAGUGGGCCUAAGCUGGGCCCAUGUCCUCGGAGACGCGUUUUCAGCCGCAGAUUUCAUAAACGGGUUGGGCCGAAUCAUGGCGGGCCAACAACCACUCAAACUGACCCAACUACAAACCAAGAUUGAAAGUUACGGAAGCCCACCAGAACCGUCGAAAGAUCCGCUCUCAGUUAAACGGGUCGGCCCAGUUGGAGACCACUGGAUGUUUUCCAAUCACUGCAAAAUGGAAGCAGCUUCUUUCCAUCUUAGUGCCACACAGGUGAGUCAGUUGCAAUCAAAGUUAUGUGGCCAAAAUAGCACUAGUCAAAUUCCAGUGUUCGAGUCCCUUUGUGGUGUUAUUUGGAAAACUGUGGCCAAAGUAAGAAAUGGGCCAGAGCCCAGAACUGUGACGAUUGUCAAAAAUGAUCCUCGCGCCCGAAAAACCGGCAGUUUGGGCAAUGGUCAAGUUAUAAGCACAGUUAAAGCUGAUUUCUCCGUGAUGGAAGCCAAUCCGAAGGAACUCGCGGAAUUGAUGAUUAAUCAAGCUGUGGACGAGCGAAGAAUGAUCGAAGCAGUAGUUGAGAGAGAGAAGGGAUUGUCUGAUCUCAUUACUUACGGAGCGAACUUGACUUUCGUCGAUUUGGGGGAGGCAAAUCUUUACGGGUUGGAGUUGAAGGGAGAAAAGCCUGCUAAUGUGAGUUAUACGAUCGAUGGCGUGGGAGACGAAGGAGUUGUUCUGUUACUUCCGGGGCCAAAAGAUGGCAGCAAAGAUGGGAAUGGAGAAAAGGUGGUGACCCUCGUCAUGCCAGAAGAUCAAGUUAUGGUGCUGAAAGUUGAACUGAAAACAGAAUUCGCAACUUGCACUUACGUGUAGUAAUGAAGUGAUUAAUGAGUGUUACCAUAAAUUUCUCGUGUGUAUUAUGUGGGUAUGCUUCAUAGAUUGAAGACCAAAACUUAGGCAUAUAUAUAGGAAAAUUCUAAAAUCAGCCUGAUAAUAAUAAGUGUGUGAAUGUGUAUUAAAUAGUGUAAAAAGUAUACAGAAAUAUGUGUUUUUCUUGUCUUCUAGUAUACUUAUUGUCAGUACAGUAGACUGACAAUAACAAGACCGAUUAUAUAAAAGGCUGAAGUGUGGACAUAUAUAUAUAUAUAUAUAUAUAUAUAUAUAUAUAUAUAUAUAUAUAUGGCAUUUGGACUUGGUAUGUACUUCUUGAUCUGUUAUUAGCUUUAUUCGGUUUCUUCUU